GUCUCAUCUCCAUUCUCCUCCACGGCUCCACCAUUCUUAUAAUAUUGUCAUCGAUAAUCCAUAUAACCAGAUAACUCUAUAAACACUCUAUGCAUCACAGACAUAAAUCACGCCAAACUCUACUUAUCAAAACAACAAAAAACAAAAAGAAAAAUCAACCCAACUAGCUAGUCCUCAAUAUCUCUCUGUUUCAGCUCUCUCCUCCAAAUUAAGUCCAAACCAAUAGAAAAUGUACUCCACUCCAGAGCGUUUACCGAUCCAAAGGAGUGAUAAUCGGGAGCCCCAGCCCCACCCCCAGCCCUUAAAGCGCCACCACACCGCUCGCUACUACGUCCAUCGGGUCCAAGAAAGCCUCACCACCCGGGUCUCCAAGAUGAUAUGCGCCAUUUUCUUGAGUCUUCUUCUCAUAGUUGGUAUCAUCUCUUUCAUACUGUGGCUCAGCCUACGUCCCCACCGCCCAAGAUUUCACAUCCACGAAUUUUCGGUUCCGGGUUUGAGCCUAGACUCCGGGUUCGAAAAUGCCCGGAUAACCUUCAACGUUUCUGCCCGGAACUCCAAUCACAACAUAGGGAUACGUUACGAUUCGAUGGACGGGUCGGUUUUCUACCGGGAUCAAAAGAUCGGGUCGACUCCACUUAUAAUGGAAACGUUUUACCAGGAGCCUAAGACCACAAGACUGAUAAACGGUGCGUUUAGUGGGGCCACGUUGACGGUCAACAGCCAGCGAUGGAGGGAAUUCAUGAACGAUCGUGCCAAAGGAACGGUGGUGUUUCGUUUAGAAUUGACGUCCACGAUUAGAUUUAGGUUGUCGUCGUGGGAGACUAAGCGCCAUCGGAUGUAUGCCAACUGUGACGUGGAUGUGGGCCCCGAUGGCCUCAUCUUGAAACUUUCCAAGGACAAGAGAUGCCCUGUCUAUUUCGCUUGAUCAUUUUCCACCUUUUUCUUUUCUCUUUUGUAUUUAUUAAUUGGGUUUGAGUUAAUUUUAUUUGUUGUGUAAUCUUUAUUCACUUUGCAAUUUUUUUUUAAAUAGCUAUAUUCACUUUGUAAUUUCAGACAUUAUUUUCCUUGGAGUAGUGAUAUAAAGAUGAUGCUAGCCUAUGCUAUA